AUGACCGACCAGAAAUUCAUCACGAUUCGCGGCGCGCGCGAGCACAAUCUCAAGAACGUCGAUCUCGACCUGCCGCGGGACGCGCUGAUCGUGAUGACCGGCCUGUCGGGCUCGGGCAAGUCCUCGCUGGCGUUCGACACGAUCUAUGCCGAGGGCCAGCGCCGCUAUGUCGAAAGCCUCUCGGCCUAUGCGCGCCAGUUCCUCGAAAUGAUGCAGAAGCCCGAUGUCGACCAGAUCGACGGUCUUUCGCCCGCCAUCUCCAUCGAGCAGAAGACGACCAGCCGCAAUCCGCGUUCCACGGUCGGCACGGUGACCGAGAUCUACGAUUACAUGCGGCUUCUGUUUGCCCGCGUCGGCGUGCCGAUUUCGCCGGCGACGGGCCUGCCGAUCGAGAGCCAGACGGUCAGCCAGAUGGUCGACCGCAUUCUGGCGCUCGAGGAAGGCACGCGGCUGUAUCUGCUGGCGCCCAUCGUGCGCGGCCGCAAGGGCGAAUACCGCAAGGAACUGGCCGAGCUGAUAAAGAAGGGCUUCCAGCGGGUCAAGGUGGACGGCGUGUUCCACGAGAUCGCCGACGUUCCGGCGCUCGACAAGAAGUACAAGCACGAUAUCGACGUGGUGGUCGACCGGGUCAUCGUGCGCGAGGACAUGGCCGCGCGGCUGGCGGACUCGCUCGAACAGGCGCUGCGCCUGUCGGACGGGCUGGCGGUCGCCGAAUAUGCCGACAGGCCCCUGCCCGACGCCGAGACCAGUCAGGGUUCGGCCAACAAGUCCAAGAACGACACCCAUGAGCGGAUCGUCUUUUCGGAGAAGUUCGCCUGCCCCGUCUCCGGCUUCACCAUUCCGGAGAUCGAACCGCGCCUGUUCUCGUUCAACAACCCGUUCGGCGCCUGCCCGCAUUGCGAUGGCCUCGGCACCGAACAGGGCGUCGACCCGUCGCUUGUGGUCCCCGAUCCGGGCCUGACGCUGAAAAAGGGAGCGAUCGCGCCCUGGUCGAAAUCGACCAAUCCGUCGCCCUAUUACACGCAGACGCUGACCGCGCUCGGCAAGGCCUACGGCUUCAAGCUGACCGAUGCCUGGGCCGACCUGACCGAUGAGAGCCAGAACGCGAUCCUUUACGGCACCGGCGGCGCGGAGAUCGAGUUCUCCUAUGAUGACGGGCUGCGCACCUACAAGGCGAAGAAGAGCUUCGAGGGCGUGAUCGGCAAUCUGGAGCGCCGCUGGCGCGAGACGGACUCGGCCUGGAUGCGCGAGGAGAUCGAGCGCUACAUGGCGCAGAACCCCUGCUCGGUCUGCAACGGUCACCGGCUCAAGCCCGAGGCGCUGGCGGUGAAGAUCGACGGGCUGCACAUCUCGCAGGUCUCGGCCAUGUCGAUCCGCGCGGCAAAGGACUGGUUCGCCGACCUGCCGGACGCGCUCAACGACAAGCAGAACGCCAUUGCGGUGCGGAUCCUCAAGGAGAUCCGCGACCGGCUGAAAUUCCUCAACGACGUAGGCCUCGACUAUCUGACGCUGUCGCGCGGCUCGGGCUCGCUGUCGGGCGGGGAGAGCCAGCGCAUUCGCCUUGCCAGCCAGAUCGGCUCGGGCCUGACGGGCGUGCUCUACGUGCUGGACGAGCCGUCCAUCGGCCUGCACCAGCGCGACAAUGCGCGGCUUCUGGAUACGCUGCGCCAUCUGCGCGAUCUCGGCAACACGGUCAUCGUCGUCGAACAUGACGAGGACGCGGUGCUGACCGCCGACCAUGUGGUCGAUAUCGGCCCGGCCGCCGGCAUCCAUGGCGGCCACAUCGUGGCGUCGGGCACGCCGGCCGAGAUCAUGGCCAAUCCCGCCUCGCUCACCGGCCAGUACCUUUCGGGCGCCAAGGGCAUCGCCGUGCCGGCCGAGCGCCGUCCGGUAGACCUCAAACACCGGGCGAUCAAGGUCGUCGGCGCGCGCGGCAACAAUCUGCAGGACGUGUCGGCGGCGUUGCCGCUCGGCACCUUCAGUUGCGUCACCGGCGUUUCGGGCGGCGGCAAGUCCACCUUCCUGAUCGAAACGCUCUACAAGGCGGCCGCGCGGCGCAUCAACGGCGCCCGCGAGGCCCCCGCCGAACAUGAGCGGAUCGAGGGGCUCGAGCAUAUCGACAAGGUGAUCGACAUCGACCAGUCGCCGAUCGGCCGCACGCCGCGCUCGAACCCGGCGACCUAUACCGGCGCCUUCACGCCGAUCCGCGAAUGGUUCGCCCAAUUGCCCGAGGCGAAGGCGCGCGGCUAUCAGCCCGGGCGCUUUUCCUUCAACGUCAAGGGCGGACGCUGCGAGGCGUGCCAGGGCGACGGCGUCACCAAGAUCGAGAUGCACUUCCUGCCCGACGUUUACGUGACCUGCGAUGUGUGCCACGGCAAGCGCUACAAUCGCGAGACGCUGGAGGUGGAGUUCAAGGGCAAGUCGAUCUCCGACGUUCUGGAAAUGACCGUCGAGGAAGGCGUGGAGUUCUUCGCAGCGGUGCCCGCCGUGCGCGACAAGCUGGCGACGCUCGAGCGCGUCGGCCUCGGCUACAUCAAAGUCGGCCAGCAGGCGACGACCCUGUCGGGCGGCGAGGCGCAGCGCGUCAAGCUGGCCAAGGAGCUGUCGCGCAGAGCAACCGGCCGCACGCUCUACAUUCUCGACGAGCCGACCACCGGCCUGCACUUCCACGAUGUGGCCAAGCUGCUCGAAGUGCUGCACGAACUGGUCGAUGCCGGCAACACGGUCGCGGUGAUCGAGCACAAUCUGGAGGUCAUCAAGACCGCCGACUGGGUCAUCGAUCUGGGCCCGGAGGGCGGCGACGGUGGCGGCGAGAUUGUCGCCGAGGGCACGCUGGAGGACAUCGUGGCAGCCGACCGCUCCUAUACGGGCCAAUUCCUGAGGGAGCUUCUCGAACGCCGCCCGGUCAAGCGCGUCGAGGCGGCGGAGUGA